CGCAAGCUCUUCAGUCGUGUCGUGCUGCCACUGGCAGUAUUGCAAAAAUCGUCAGCUGGCUCAUAAUAACCAGGCAAGAUGCCGGGGGCCCGACACAAAAUCUUGGGGCAUGUGCUCUCGGGGUUCUGCCACAAGAUGAAUCGGCGUAAGCCCCUGCACGGGGACUCUUUGGACACGCCGCUCAACCGCUGCCUCACCACAUUCGACAUUACUCUUCUUGGUGUUGGGCACAUGGUGGGCGCAGGCAUAUACGUGCUGACGGGCACCGUCGCCCGUCACAUGGCGGGCCCGGCCACUGCUCUCAGCUUCCUCCUGGCUGGCGUGACCUCCACACUGGCAGCGCUGUGCUACGCUGAGUUUGGAACCAGAAUCCCGAGAGCUGGUAGCGCUUACGCGUACACCUACGUCAGCAUCGGAGAGUUUUGGGCCUUCAUCAUUGGGUGGAACAUCGUUCUGGAAUAUAUGAUAGGUGCCGCCUCUGUUGCGAGGGCGUGGUCUGGCUAUUUGGAUGCAAUGCUGGACGGUGCUAUAAGUAAUGCGACAAUAUCGAUAACUGGAGAACUUCACGAGACACUUCUCAGCAGAUACCCAGAUGUUUUAGCAUUUCUUAUAUGCAUUGUAGCUUCAUUGAUAUUAGCUGUCGGAGUCAAAACGUCGGCCUACAUAAAUAAUGGCCUCACAAUUCUCAAUCUUUUAGUGAUAUCGCUUGUUAUAUUUUUAGGUUUCUAUUACGCUGAUAUUAGCAAUUGGUCUCCGAAGAACGGUGGUUUCAUGCCGUAUGGGUUUAGUGGAGUCUUAGCAGGAGCUGCUACUUGUUUUUACGCCUUUGUCGGUUUCGAUAGUAUUUCUGCUUCGAGCGAGGAGGCAAAAGAUCCAUCCCGAUCUAUUCCGAUCGCCACUAUUCUCUCCAUGGCGGUCGUGGCGUUUGGGUACAUUCUGGUUGCCAUAGCUCUAACAUUGAUGGUACCCUAUAAGAGUAUCAAUCCUGAGGCUGCUUUGCCAGCAGCUCUAGGGGCAGUUCACGCUGAUUGGGCGAAGUAUGCCGUCGCCGUCGGUGCAGUUUGUGGUAUGACCACCACGUUACUGGGAUCACUGUUUGCUUUACCAAGAUGUUUGUAUGCCAUGUCAGCCGAUGGGUUGCUCUUUGGAUUUCUUAGUGACGUUAACAACAAGUCCCAAAUUCCCAUUUCUAAUCUUAUCAUCUCUGGAUUCUCAUCUGCUAUCAUUGCUUUAUUGUUCGACUUGGAGAAGUUGGUAGAGUUCAUGUCAAUAGGAACAUUGCUGGCUUAUACGAUUGUUAGCGCUGCCGUCAUCAUUUUGCGGUACCGGCCUAUUCCUUCGGUAGAUGACAAAAGCUUUGGCGUGCCUCAGCUGGACUCGCCAAUCGAUCGCGAGGAUAGCUCAGCUACUGGCACCCCAGCAACCGAUGGAGGAUCAUCAUCAUCUGAGAUGUUCGAAGCGCUUACUGUGGGGCGUCUGAGGCCCCAAUACGCGUGGCUCGAGCCUUUGGCCGGUGGCCGAGCCCCGGGGGCGGCGGUGUCGGGCUGCGUGUACACGUUUACAGCCGCGGCCGCCGCUCUGUGCGCCCACAACCACUUCUUGGCUGAACCCGCGGGUCUCUGGGCCCUGUUGCCAGACUUCGUGCUUUACCUGAUCAUUAUUGCUUGCCUGGUAAUCAUCAAAGCCCACCAGCAGAGCCCGACGCGCCUGCCGUUCCGCGUGCCAUGGGUGCCUUUUCUGCCAGCUGCCAGCGUUCUCCUUAACGUUGAACUGAUGGUCAACCUGGGCGCUCUGACUUGGGCGCGGUUCGCUAUUUGGAUGACUUUUGGCCUGCUCCUGUAUUUCCUAUACGGCAUCCACCACAGCAAGCUAGGCGAGGGUGUGACCGGUCUACUCUCCCGAUCAGGCAGCGGCGGUGGCCAUAGCGGUGGUUGGGGAGCAGUUGAGAAGACCAGCGCCCUCGCCCGUAGAGUCGGUCGCUUGGGUCGCGCUAGCAAGAGCGACGACCGCAAACCCAUCAUAUGCGACGAGGAACUCGACAGGCGGGACCCGUGAUUCUAAACCCAGGUGAUAGGUGUACCGCUUUAUGUAAACUGCCUUUUGAAUGACGUUUCUUUGAAGCCUACGAUACAUUAUGGCCAACAUAAUCUUGUAGGCGGUGUACAAAAAAGGGUUAAAACUAACACCGAGUUGACUAUGCGUCUAGUGAUGUGCACGAAACAUUUGAUCCUAUAUAGGCAUAACGAAUCAUAUUGGAUAAAACAUAGCCCCUACUAGUGUAUCGUAGGCUGAAUGAAAACUUUUAUCAUUUACGUAUCCAAUUUAUAAGGGCUGCACAGCGUUUAUCCGAAAAUUACUUGCAGCUAUAGCUUUCGAUGCGCAUAAGAUGAGGUUGCCAAAAACUUUUUAUAGGUUUGUCAGGCGAAUAAGGAUAACUCCUUGUUCAGAUUUAGGGAGUUUUAUGUGUUCUUGUAAUAACACCAGUGUGUUUUAAAAAUAAACUGCCGUAUGUAUGUUCCUACAGUGUUCAUUGCAAGUAAUAUUUAAUCGCGUUUUAGUAAAUUAUUUUUAAACAUCGACUCUACCGACACAGUUUAGAAAAUAAUGGCAAUAUAAAAUAACAGAGCAAUAAAUAGAUUUAUUACUUAUUCGUUUGUGUAUGAAUUAUCUAUCGGAACUUAAACAAAUGAUAAAAUAGAUGCGGUAAUAAAUAACUGGUUUUGAUUUGAUUUACUCUGUUUCAAAUGAAAAAUAAGUCAAGUUUUAAGUAUAACUUGAAUAGAGCGAAAGCUGUUAACAUAUUUUCGCUUUAUUUCUGCUAGUAUUAUUAUUUUUAUGAAUUUAGUCUAUUUAUUUAUUCCUUCCACCAAAGUAACUAGCUAUCUCUUUAAAAGUUUAGUAAAGUAGAUAUAGGGCGUGCACUAAAAGCGGUAGAUCUACUAACUGACGAAGGCAUGAUCUAAUUAGGUACUGGCGACUUAACGCACGUGGUAAAUGAAACUUUUAAUAUUCGAGAUCUAGUCAUAUUUAAAUCUUUAUUUUUGUAAUUAUAAUUAAAAUCAACCCGAAAAAUAUGAUAUAUUAAAACUAAUUAAAGGUAUUUCAAAGUAUUAUUUUCAAAAUAAGAUGUAAUGGUUUAGUAUUUAAUACUUCUUGGGUAUACUAUAAAAUUGGUUAUCGAUUAAUUUAACACAUAGAUUUUAAUGUACCUGUUAUGAUACUCGUAUAAAGUUUAUUAUUUCUGAUAAGAAAACAUUAAUGUCAUAGUUGCAAGUUUAUGACCAGAAAAUAGAAAUACUGCCUAUAGCUGGGUUUUUAGACAAAUAUACUCGAUUUUUUGGAACCUCUAAAUUACUUUGUUGUUUACCUAAUACUUAUAUUAUGCUUUUUCUAUUUCAACGCAUUUCUCCUUUACACUUUUUUAUAAAUUUACAUUCAACUUACUAUUUCAAAUUAGUAAAAAGAAAGGCCAAAGCUCGUUUUAGAAAAUAUAUAUUUAUUUUCAACAAAACUUUUAUUUCUGUUUGAAAUGUCAAUUAAUUUGGUAGGAAGAACAAAAUAAAAUUUCAAUCCAUCGUUUUCGGUAAAACAUACAUGUUUUUAUACAGAAAAUUAUACAGUUUUUUUUUCAAACGAUAAACUUGUGUGUCCGUCAUGUAUUCGUAUAGAGCCUAAGAAUAAAGUAUCAACACUAACACACUAAUUACAAAAAUAUUUGUAGUCGACAGCACAAUUUUAAGAUUUCAAACGGACAACAUUUGUGCACAAAUACUUGUGAAAUUAACAUUCAAAUACAUGUUUAUGUUAGAGUAAACGAUAAUGACCUAAAAUCAAUAAUUUCUUUAUAAAAAGAUGUCGUAUAUUUUUUUUAUUUAAAUGAAGUCUGUAAAAUAUGAGUUAAAAGAUAUUUUGAAUUUUUUUGAGAUGUUUUGUAUACUUUAUUAAAAAUGUAAAAACUUCCAAUCUUGAUCACUUAUCGUUUACAUUAUCAUAGUACUGUUAUUUCUUCCAAGUUGAGCUGCAGGCAGCAUUGUUUGUGUUUACUGUAUGUAGUCUAUACUGCUGUUAACAAAUCGUUUUAGAUUUACUGCUUCUGUUUAGUUAAUUGCAAACUUGUUGAUGUCGCAUUAUCCGAUGACAUUUAUUGUGUGAUGAUUACCAAAUUGUUAAUAGUAACCGGAUUAUAGCAUUGUUAUAAAACUAUUAUACAUACAGUAAGUGUUGAUGUGUACAUAAAGUAUAAUGAGUAAAUUAUU